UAACGGGCUGGCCGGCGUGGGCCGCCCUCAGCCGGGACACGGGAUCCCGCCGGGAUGGCUCCCCAGACCGGCCCCAGCGAGAAGGGGACGGGGUCUGUUCCAGCCUUCCCGCAGCUCUUCACUUGGGAAGAGAUCGGGAUCCGCACCGGCCGCGGGCAGGGCCGGGAGCAGUGGCUGGUGAUCGACAGGAAGGUUUAUGAUGUCAGCGAGUUUUCCAAGAGGCAUCCCGGCGGCAGCCGGGUUAUCAGCCACUAUGCCGGGCAGGAUGCCACGGAUGCCUUUGUGGCAUUUCACAAUGACAAGUCCCUGGUGAAAAAGUACCUGAAAUCUCUGCUGAUUGGGGAGCUGGCACCAGAUCAACCCAGCUUUGAGUCUAAUAAAAAGAAAUCCCUCUUGGAGGAUUUUCGUGAGCUGCGCUGCACCAUUGAGAAGAUGGGACUCCUGAGGCCCAAUUACUUCUUCUUCUUCCUGAUUUUCCUUCACCUCCUGGUGCUGGAGGCUGCAUCCUGGCUUGUGAUCUGGUACUUUGGCAUAUCCCUGGUGCCUUUCCUGGCUGGCAUGUUGUUCUUCACCACUGCCCAGAUUCAGAUGGGCUGGUUCCAGCACGAUCUGGGGCAUUGCUCUGUCUUCAGGAAGCCCAGGUGGAAUCAUCUCCUGCAGAUCGUGGUGAUAAACGUGCUGAAGGGGCUGCCUGCCAGCUGGUGGAACCACCUGCACAACCAGCACCACGCCAAGCCCAACUGCUUCCGCAAGGACCCCGACCUCAACAUGCACCCUCUGCUCUUCAGCCUGGGAAAGACCCUCUCCGUGGAGCUUGGAAAGCAGAAGAAGAAGUUCAUGCCUUACAAUUACCAGCACAAGUAUUUCUCCUUGCUGGCCCCACUUGCCCUCAUACCCUUCUUCCAGCUGUCAAUAUUCUACUAUGCAAUCAAGAGGAAAAAGUGGUUGGAACUGAUGUUGGUUGUGGCUUUCAACAUCCGAGUCUGCCUCAUGUACAUUCCUUUAAUGGGAUUUAAAAUCUUCAUGAUCUACUACUGGCUGUCCAGGUACCUUGAGAGUACCUGGUUUAUUUGGGUGUCCCAGAUGAAUCACAUCCCAAUGAACAUUGAUUAUGACAAGAACAAAGACUGGGUGUCUACUCAGCUCCAUGCAACCUGCAACGUGAACCAGUCUGUGUUCAAUGACUGGUUCACUGGGCACCUGAACUUCCAAAUUGAGCACCACCUGUUCCCCACAAUGCCUCGGCACAACUACUGGAAAGUGGCUCCCCUGGUGAAAAGCCUAUGUGACAAGCAUGGCAUUGAGUACAAAAGCAAAACUUUGUUGACAGCCUUUGUAGAUAUUUUGCACUCCCUGAAGGAUUCUGGGGAGCACUGGCUGGAAGCAUAUCUGCAUGGAUAGAAACUGGCAACUCUCCAAGGGAAUCCCUUCACCACACAACUACUGCCAAGAGUCAGGACACACCAUCCCUGUGCGUGUCCUCAGGCACAGGAACCCAGGAGCUGGGCAAAGUUAAUUUCAGUAAGAAUGAAAUGGGAAAGUGGCUUCAAGAUACAUUUUUUUCCUUGUUCUCAGCCAUGAACCUCUGCUUUUUUCCUGCUCUCAGUCUCAGAAUUCAGAGAUGGGCUUUUAAACUUGGGGAGAAGUAGCUCUUGAAUCAACUUGAUCAGUUUAACUUUACUGGAAGUGCCAGCUGCUUGCUUAUGGAAGAUGUUUGAAAGGAAAUUCUUCUCCGAGUCAUAGAAUCCUGGAAUGGUUUGGGCUGGAAGGGACCUUAAAGAUCCUCUUUCUCCACUCCCUGCCAUGGGCAGGGA